AUUAAAUUAAUUUCAUCUACUAAUUUUUAAUUUGUCUAAUAAAUUACCUCUCUCUUUGUAAACUUGUAACAGUCGCAUUCUGGUGGUGUCCCCCGCCUUACAAUAUAUUCAGACGUUUAGCAUCACCUCAAUUACGGUUGUUACAAAUUAAAAAAAUAAAAAAAUUAGGAAAAGAAAAAGAAAAAAAAUUAAGUUACUAAUUAAGAGUUUUGUUUUUUUUUAAUUCAAAUCAUUUGUGUUUUUUUCAUUAAUUGAUUGAUAAUGGGUUUUCUUCACAAGCUAUGGGACGACACACUUGCCGGCCCGGCACCGGAAUCGGGUUUAGGAAAACUCCGCAAGUACAAUUCGUUCGCCGGACGCUCUACCUGCAGUGCUCCGCCGUCUCCCACCAAGCUUGGCCUUCACCAUCACGGCGGUGGCGGCGGCGCUAGCGACGAUCUGAUGCCGGUUUCCCGGAGCAUUACGAUACUCCGUAGCAACUCAACUUGUGGCCGUUCUGGCAAUUCUACGCCGGAUUCUGGAUCUGGUCCAUCUUCUCCGGCGUUUUCUAGCGCUCCAAAUUCCCCAUUUGCACCAAGUACACCACGGAGGAAUUACAGGAAGCAACUAAAGGGAAAAGCGAAUAUGGAACCUUCUUCUGCCAACUAUGAUUGGAUUGUGCUGAGUGCUUGGGAUCGUUGACCAGGGAAACAGAAAAACAAACAAACUAUUUUUGUGUGAAGAAAUGACUGCUGCAAUGGUGUAUAAUUAUUACUAAUAUGUACAUAUUAAUUAGUGUAUAUAACCAAAAUAAUAAUAAGAAGGUUCCAGAGUAGUGAAGGAAUCUCUUGCAACAAAUAGAUGAUGAUUAUGUUAAUAAUAUCAGGGAGAGAGAAACUACAAGUAGGAGAUUUUAACUAAUUUUUUUCUUAUAAACUGCUUCCUCCAUCUGUUUGGAGUGAUGCUUUUUUAAUUUUUUGUUUUUAUAAUAUGGUUGUGAGUUUGAUGUACUCCACCUUAAUAAUGCUCUUUCAAUAAAUACUUGAAUGAAGCUCUAAGUUAGUUAAUAUAUUGGUGUAAUUA